UGUGUGUGUGUGUGUGUGUGUGUGUGUGUGUGUGUGUGUGUGUGUGUGUGUGUGUGUGUGUGUGUGUGUGUGUGUGUGUGUGUGUGUGUGUGUGUGUGUGUGCAGGUACAUCCUCCACGCCAAGAAGACAGCGUUUGUGGUGGAGCAUGACUUCAUCAUGGCGACCUACCUGGCCGACAGAGUCAUCGUGUUCGACGGGAUUCCCUCCAAGAUGACCGUCGCUAACACUCCUCAGGGUCUGUUAGCGGGGAUGAACCGGUUUCUGUCGCUGCUGGAAAUCACAUUCAGGAGAGACCCCAACAACUUCAGACCACGAAUCAACAAGCACAACUCCAUCAAGGACACGGAACAGAAGAAGAGUGGGAACUACUUCUUCUUAGACGACUAAACGCCACUUCCUGUGCGACCGACCGUGACUUCCUGCGGCGCUCCCGGGGCGGCGGCGUCCGACCCCCGGCGGCGUCCAGAGUGCAGCCGUGAUAAUCUACCAACAACAACAACACCCCCGGCUGCUUGAACAGAUAUGUUUAAAGAAAAUAUAUCAUCAUAAUAAAACUUUAAAGAUAAAAAACAGAAACCCAUCAGCCUUUUAUGUACCAGGCUGCUUCAAUAGCCAGCAACGUUGUGAAAUGUUAAAAAGGAAUCAAAGUGCAUUCUGUGUCAGUCAGCCUGAACAAACUGGCUGUUUUAUUCACAACCAGCCACACGCUGGAUCAUUACGCAGCAUAUUUUAUCUCUCAUGCAUUUGAAACAAUAAACUGAUGUUACCUGA